CCCUCGGGAGCGGCAGUGGGAGGCAGUGGAGCUGGCCUCGGCAGCGGGAGAGGCUGGACUUCCCGCGUGUCUGUGCUGAAUGGCUGCGAUGGCGCCCGCUCUCACUGACGCAGCAGCCGAAGCUCACCACAUCCGAUUCAAGCUGGCUCCCCCGUCCUCCACCUUGUCGCCUGGCAGUGCCGAGAGCAACGGCAACGCCAACAACAUCCUCCUGGCUGCCAACGGCACCAAAAGGAAAGCCAUUGCUCCGGAGGAUCCCAGUCUAGAUUUCCGAAACAACCCCACCAAGGAAGAGCUGGGCAAGCUGCAGCCACUAGUGGCCUCUUAUCUCUGCUCGGAUGUAACAUCUGUCUCUUCAAAAGAGCCUCUGAAGCUGCAAGGAGUCUUCAACAAGCAGACAGUCCUUAAAUCUCACUCUCUCUUAUCUCAGUCCUUUUUGAAAACAAGUGAUCUGUUGGGGAGGCAACCAGUGUUGGAAUUCACUUUGGAGAAUCUAAAAACAAUGAGUACCAAUAGCCAGCCACCUCUCCCGCAAGCGCCUGUGAAUGGCUUGGCCAAGAAAUUGGCCAAAAGUACCAAUUCAGACCAUGAAAACUCUAGUUCCCUGAAUGGUGGGAAGUGUGCUUCUCCUUCUGCUGCCCUCCAGACUGUUGACUAUAACACAGGAGGUUCUGAAUUGGGGGACUUGAAGACCGGCUUGACCAAUUGCACUCUUCCACACAGAAGCCUUGAUGCAGAGCACGCAACUCCCUUUAGCAAUAAUAGCACUGCAAAUAAACCCUCCCUGAACUCCGCAGAGCAGCAGUGGGUGCUGGAGGGCGGCAGCGGGGACGCGCGGGUGCCCGGUGUCAGCAGCAGCAAGCUGGAGGAGCAGAAGCCCUCGGUGCUGCCCGCUCAGCACAGCGCUCUGGACUCGGAGAUGAGGACGAGGGCCCUGCUGCGGCGGCAGGCGGACAUCGAGAGCCGAGCCCGGCGGCUGCAGAAGCGCUUGCAGGUGGUGCAGGCCAAGCAGGUGGAGAGACACAUCCAGCAGCAGUUGGGCGGCUUCUUGGAGAAAACGCUGAGCAAGCUUCCAGCCUUGGACCCCUUGAGGCAUCGGAGCCAGCUGAUGCUGACCAGAAAAGCAGAAGCAGCCUUGAGGAAAGCUGCGAGCGAGACAGUUACUUCGGAAGGCCUGAGCAACUUCCUGAAGAGUGAUUCAAUAUCAGAGGAACUGGAGAGAUUCACGGCCAGUGGCAUGGCCAACUUGAGAUGCAGCGAGCAGGCCUUCGACUCGGAUGUCACUGACAGCAGCUCGGGGGGAGAGUCGGACGUUGAAGAGGAGGAACUGACCAAAGCAGACCCAGAACAACCCCACGUACCACUGAGGCGGAGGGCAGAGUGGAGGUGGGCAGCAGACCGCGCCGCCAUCGUCAGCCGCUGGAACUGGCUGCAGGCCCACGUGUCGGACCUGGAGUACCGCAUCCGGCAGCAGACGGACAUCUACAAACAGAUCAGAGCCAACAAGGGGCUGAUAGUUCUUGGUGAGGCUUCGCCCCCUGACCCUGCAGUAGAUGAUUCCUCCCGUCCUGUUAGAGCUGAAGUCAGGCUGGAGCCUGGGGCUGAGCGCCUGGGUGUGUCUGGAUCCCAGCCCCUAGAAAGCUUGGGAAUUUCUGCUGCAAAUACUCCUGAAUCCCAUCCCACCAAGCCCUGUGGAGCACCAAGACCUGUCAAUGGAGUUAUUAACACUCUGCAGCCUGGCCUGGCAGAACACGCUCAGGGAGAUGGCCAGGAGGCCGAGGAGCUGCUCCACAAGAGGCAGCGCCUGUCGCUGGUGCCCGCGGACGGGACGUGCGUGGCCGCUCGCACCCGCCCCGUCCUCAGCUGCAAGAAGCGGCGCCUCGUCCGACCCAGCACCAUCAUGCCCCUCUCCAAAAAGAUGUGCCGACGAGCCUGCACUUCCAGAGCAUGUUGAAAUCCCAGUGGCAGAACAAGCCCUACGAGAAAACUAAAGCUCCCAAGAAGCUGUCGCUGAAGCACAGAGCCCCCGUGCCCCCCAGCCUGGCUGACCCCGCGCGCAAGGACCGCCACAAGCUGGUCAACUCCUUCUUCACCGCGGCCAAGCGCUCCCAUCAAAAAGCCCAAGCAGACAAGGCACACAGGCCGCCUUUAGACGAUUUUUCGGCCGUGUCCAAGGCCGAGAGAGCGCCAGAGCGCUCUGCCCAGCCUCCUGCCUUUGACAAAAAGCGAUUGCGAGACUGCUCAUCUGAGAGGAGUGAAGUGUUGAAGCACCACACGGACGUCGGUGGCCCGAGCUACCUGUCAGCAGCUGUGACCCCCACCCCUCACAGCCCCAUAGCUCGGCAGCUCUCCACCUCCUCCGAGGGCUCUGCUCCAGCCAGCUCUGCUUCCCAGGGCACCUCUGGCACUGCUCAGCCGAGGAGGAGGAGGGGUGAGAGCUCCUUUGACAUAAACAACAUCGUCAUCCCCAUGUCCGUGGCUGCCACCACCCGCGUGGAGAAGCUGCAGUACAAGGAGAUCCUCACCCCCAGCUGGCGUGAAGUUGAUAUCAGUGCUCUGAAAACCAACCCUGAGGAGGACAACGAGGAGGUUGAGGAUUUGUCAGAUUCAGCGUUCGCUGCUCGGCACGGGAAGUGUGAGGAGAUGGAGCGGGCGCGGUGGCUCUGGAGCACGAGUGUCCCCCCUCAGCGCCGGGGCAGCAGGUCCUACAGAUCAACAGAUGGACGGACAACCCCUCAGCUGGGGAACCCCUCGACUCCCCAGCCAGCAUCCCCUGAGGUGGGCAACUACCACUCCCACUUGGAGCUGUCCCACACCCACUCACCACGCAGCCCCAUCAGCCCCGAACUGCUCUGUGCCCCCCUGACCCCCCUGUCCCCCUCCUCCUCCUCUUCCUCCUCCUCCUCCUCCUCCUCCUCCUGCUCUGCAGUCCUGCGGCCAGCGCACAGAUAGAGACACACGGGAGACAUGAGCAAACCAACACACAGAACUAACUCUUGGCAUUAAAGCUUCCAAAAUCUGCGUUUGAUAUUCAAACAUCCUGCCGGGAAUUUUCACAGUUUUUAGUGAAUUUAAGGAGUUUAGAAACUGUUGUUUUCCUUUUUUUUUUUUUUGUUUUGUUUCUUUUUUUUUUUUUUUUCCUUCUCCAUGUUUCCUCGUCACAUGAAUGAGCCCCCAGAUUCCUCCCAGCGGAGUGAAGCCUCGGGAGGGGAGCAGCCCACCAGACCCCCUCCCCUUUCCUCCCUCCUUUAGGUGUAUAAAACUAGAGCACAGGAUUUAGCUGACUAGCAGAUUUCGGGGAUAGUUUUUCCCACCAAAAGGGUGUCGUUUUCUCUUAACCCACUCCCCCCACCCUGAAAGGUUUUAGUGGAGUGAAAUUAGUGGUGAAAAGUGAUGUCUUGGGAUUGCAACCUUCACUGUCUGGCUGUCCUCACCUGCAGAGUGCCCACCUGCACUUCACCCUCCUGCGUUUUCCUGCCCCAGGUUGUAGUUCCAGGUAUCCAAAGGGGGGGAUUCUGUCCCUCCCUGGUCCUCGCUCUGCCCCUGGGGACACCUCUCCCUUCCUUCUCCCCUGGUUUGGAGCAGCCUGGCUCUGGCUGCAUUCCUGGCAGGGGGAAAGGAGGGACCUUGUGGCUGCUCCACACUCAGCUUGGCAAGGGUGGGAGUUGGGGGGAAGCACCUUGUGCACACCGGGUGUGUGGCGAGGGCAGGGAGGGGAAGAGCCCCCGAUGCUUUGAGCAGGAGCAGAAUUCCCGGAGCGCUUGGCUGAUGCCCUUUGGGGUGAGGCUGUUCAGCUGGGGCUGGGGGAGCUGUGAGCGAGGCCGGGCACAAGGGGGCAGAGAGAGAAGAAUGGAGGCAGCUCCUGGUGGGGGAUCGGGCUCACCACAGCUUCGCUCCACUCCCGCACCGUCCCAGCUCCGGUGCCGGUUCCGUUUCAUUUCGGGGCGCCCGCCGUGCCCCCUCCUGACAGGUCUUUGAGUUUGAGCCCAGUUCGUUGUUCCUCCCCGUCCCCUCCCGCAGCGAUCCCGGACCCUGCACACCGUCCCCAUGUCACGCUUCCCGCUCCCGACGGUGUGGCUCCUGGGCCCUGUCCUGUUGCUAGCAUUGUGCCUGUCUUAUGUAUAAUCACAUCACCAAAAAAAGAAAACGGGAAAAAAAAAAA